CUCGUCCUCGUGGCUGGAGCUACAGGUGGCGUGGGCCAAAUUGUGACUGCGAAGCUCCUGGAGCUAUCCUAUCCGCCCUGUAUCUUGUUCCGCCCUCUCACCCGACCCGACGUCCAUCUCUCCCUUGCCGCAUUCCCCCAUCGCCGUGCGCAGGUAUUCCCUGCCGACCUGAGGGAUCGGUCCACGAUGGUGGGUUUAACGCAGGGGGUUGCGGCGGUUUGCUGCUGUACGGGAACUACAGCCUUCCCAUCUUCCAGAUGGGAGGGCGAAAACGGUCCUCGCAACACGGACUGGGUGGCCACUCGCAACCUCAUAGACUCCACCCCGUCCUCUGUGAAGCGCUUCGUGCUGGUGACGUCCGUGGGGGUGGAGCGGUUUAAGGAACUGCCUUUCAGCAUCCUCAACCUGUUCGGUGUCCUCAAGUACAAGCGCGAUUCAGAGCUGCACCUGCUGUCAUCCGGCCUGCCGUACACCGUCAUCCGGCCCGGGCGUCUGACUGACGGGCCGUACACCUCGUUCGACCUUAACACGCUGCUUCAGGCCACAGCGGGCUCACGCCAGGAUGUGCAACUGUCACCGAGAGACGACCAGCGGGGGGAGGCAUCGAGGAUUGCCGUGGCGGAGGCUGUUGUGCAGUCGUUGCUACUGCCCGCAACCGUCAACCGUUUCUACAGCAUCUGCAGUACCGAGGGCGAGGGCCCCGGCAAGGACACGCCCAAGUGGGAGCUGCUCUUCUCCGCCUGCCACCAAGCGGGCACGUCACUGCUGGCGUGA